AUGAUUAUCCGUUGUUUCUGUCACAAGAUUGCAUUAACUGUCAAUGCUGGUCUUGCCAAUCUUGGAAUGAUUGCCCCUCCCCCCUCAAAAGUAAAGGAGUCAAUCCUCCAAAUGUUCCUGUACUCCAAUGUCAUGGAGCCAAUUGCUGAGGUGGAAGAGGACAACAAUGAUCAAGCCGGUAGUUUAGCUCAUGAAACCAAUCCAAGUAUUGAUGACAAUGAAAUUUCUGAACCAGAACACGAUGAGGAAGAGCUUGCGAGGCUAGGCAACCAACAAGACGAGGAAGAGGAAGACACCAACCAAGUUGAAUACCAGGCGGCAAAUUGUAAUGAAUCAAUUAGCUUGGACCAUUUAACUAGAAAGGUGUGA